UCUGCUUUGUAUGGACAUGGUGGGGGAUUUUUGACAGCGGCAGCGCUGUUAGGAAACAAACAAGGACGUGGUCGGGGGUCGGGGACUAUUUUUCUCCCAGCUCGUUUUCAUUUCGAUCUUUUAACGGGCUUUUUCCCCCCUCUCUCACCUCAGCAACAUUUCACUGGAUAUGGCGCCUUCGGAUUGGCCUGGCUAUUUCAAGUUUCUGUCCAGCUGUGCUGCUGGACUCGGGCUGUUUUUUUUUUCUCUUUCUCCCCAAGAACCUGAGACCUGUAAUCAGCCUGUGGCGGGCUGCAUUCUCAGCCUGCAGUGACAAACAGAGGCAGAAACAAGAAGAGAAUGAAAUCUGAUGUGUAAGAGUGCCGGCAGCCCGCUCCUCCGCCACCGCUAUGGUCGAUAUGGAGAGCCACUACCAUCCCCCCUCGCCCCUGGAGGACUCGAUGCUGGGCAGCCCCCUGUGCGUCGAUGACGAAUUCAUGGGCGGCAUGGAGGAGCUCCAGGACAUCUCGCAGUCCAUUGACAAUGAUGCCCUCAGCUCUUUCGAUGUCCCCGAGUACCAGUCGUCCAGUAACGGUUCUGAAGGUUCUACUGUACUAGAUGCCCUGACGCCAGCUUCCAGCCCGUCAUCAGUUGUUUAUGGGGUGGCAGCAAGCCAGGACGACUUCUCAUCUUCCUCUACAUCGCUUAACCUGGAGUGUCGAGUUUGUGCAGACCGCGCCUCAGGAUACCACUACGGAGUCCACGCCUGCGAGGGCUGCAAGGGUUUUUUCCGGCGGACGAUCCGUCUGAAGCUGGAAUAUGACAAGUGUGAACGCCGCUGCAAAAUCCAAAAGAAGAAUCGUAACAAGUGCCAAUACUGCCGCUUCCAGAAGUGCCUGUCAGUGGGCAUGUCCCACAACGCCAUCCGUUUCGGCCGGAUGCCCCAGUCAGAGAAGCUAAAGCUGAAGGCAGAGUUGGUGACAGGGGACAGGGAGGUGGAAGACCCCCAGCUAGCCGACCAGAAGACACUGGCCAGGCAGAUUUAUGAGGCCUACCUCAAAAACUUCAAUAUGAACAAGGCCAAGGCCCGAACUAUCCUCACCGGCAAGACCAGCACUCCUCCUUUUGUCAUCCAUGACAUGGAGACCCUCCAGCUGGCUGAGCAGACCUUCGUGGCAAAGAUGGUGGGCUCAGCGGGAAUGCUAAAGGACAGGGAGGCAGAAGUUCGUAUUUUCCACUGCUGCCAGUGCACGUCAGUGGAAACCGUCACUGAGCUCACAGAGUUUGCAAAGUCCGUCCCCGGGUUCUCGAGCCUGGACCUCAAUGAUCAGGUGACUCUUUUGAAAUACGGCGUGUAUGAGGCCCUCUUCGCCAUGCUCGCCUCCAGUAUGAACAAGGACGGGCUUCUUGUGGCAUACGGCUCUGGCUUCAUCACCCGGGAAUUCCUCAAAAGCCUACGGCGGCCUUUCAGUGAUAUGAUGGAGCCCAAGUUCCAGUUUGCAAUGAAGUUUAACGGCCUGGAGCUGGACGACAGUGACCUGGCUCUGUUUGUGGCUGCUAUUAUCUGCUGUGGAGACCGACCAGGCCUGGUGAAUGUGGCACACAUUGAGCGCAUGCAGGAGAACAUCGUGCAGGUGCUACAGCUCCACCUGUUGGCCAAUCACCCAGACAACACUUUCCUCUUCCCCAGGCUGCUGCAGAAACUGGCCGACCUUCGGCAGCUGGUCACUGAGCAUGCACAGCUGGUGCAGGAGAUCAAAAAGACGGAAGACACCUCACUGCACCCGCUCCUGCAGGAGAUCUACAGAGACAUGUACUGAGGGUUGUGGAGGAUUAACCAUGAGGGGAACCCAACAAAUCAACUCCUUUUUUCAGGGAUAGAAUAAAAGAGUCCUCCAUAAGCUAAGUCGAACCACUAAAAGGCCCCCCAGUGCCGCAGGAGUUAGCGUUGUCUUCACUCCAUUGUGUGGACCUUCAGAAAUCAUGUAUGCAAAGAUUCGAUUUACAGGUAAUCGAGCCCCUAUUUAGAUAUGAGUGUAUGCAAACUCUGACCAAACUCUUGGAUGAAUACUAAUUGAAAUAUUUAAGGUGACCUCUGUGGUUACCCCUCUCCUGACUCUUUAAAAGCCCUAAAAUGAAGAAAGUGAACUUUGUAGUCGCCACUCCAGCAGUUUGAUAGUAGAUUUUUAUACUGAUGUCAAAGAGACAAGAGCCAUAUAUCCUCACAGCUAACAACACCCAAAUAACUUCGGUGGCAGCAGUAAAACAGUAAUAAUGCAGUUUUUACAAAAGGCAGCUUCUGUCAAAUUGGCUGUCAGUAAAGGUUGGUAAUGGCUGUCCAUGCACCAACCCUUCAGCGUGUACAUUCAACUUUUUUAUAACCAACCCUGAGCAUGAUCAUCUCUUUGUACUGUGAGUCUUCUAAGCCAUACUUUGUUUUAAAUAAUACUGGAAGUAACUUCAAAUUCAAGCCUGUGCAGGCGAUAGUAUUUUUACACUUCAGAAAAAGGUAGCAAAAUCGAGUAUUUCAAGACUGAUGUGAUCACAGCCACAGGUUACACUGUGUCCAUGCACCACAAUGCAAUUCUGAAGCACAAACACGCCUGUUAUAUAAUAUGUUUCGCUCUUUUGUACUGGACCUUCGUUAAAUGCCUUUUCUCAAAAUACAUGCACAGACGUUUGGCACUCCAUCAUGUUUUGUGUCCUGUUUCCCAAGGGCUGAACUGUACCACAGAUAAACCGCAUUACCACCUUAAUACAGGCAGAAUGAAAGCAGUUUAACAAGAAAUUAAUCUGUUUCCUAAUUUGUUACUCAGUUAAGCCCUUUUACUUAAAAGUACAUCUCAGUGUGCUUUCCCACAGUUUUGUGUCUGCCUUUUAUUUUGUGCUUUGUCCAGUACAUUGAGAUUCACAUGUCUUACAUUUAUGUAUGACGGUAUAAGAAAAGCCUAUUCUUUAAUAUAGAAAAUAAGAUUAUUUAUCCCUUGGGUGAAGCAUAAUUUUUGGACAGUAAGAGGUUUAUCAUCAUCAGAAACUAUAAUUUAGGGGGAAAGUGUUGCAUUUUGUAAUUUCCCUGAGAUACUUUAUCAAUUUUGGGAAAUUUUUAAAAAGUUAUUAUAAGCUUGUGGUCAUCUGCAUUUAUUUGAUCCUGUGAAUAAGUCAAAGCCAAUCACGCAUUUUGACAAGCAUCUAGAGAUGGAGAGCCAAUUCAUUUCGUUUUUGUGAUGACAAUGCGUGCUAAGAGGUCACUGCUGCAGCGUUUCCCAGAUAAUGACCGUACUUGGGUGGUAGGGAUGGCCAUCCCACUCUGACUCAUUCUUUAUAUUUAAUUUUUUGUUUUACUUUUCUUUUGACAGUAUUCAUUAACAGCAGGGGUGGAUAAAGUACAUGACUUUUGUACUCAAGAAAAAGUACAGUUACUUUGGUUAAAAUUGCCUUGAGUACAAAGUAAAAGUACUGGUCUACAAGUCUUAUCAAUUAAAAGUACAAAGAAUCUUAUUUAGAGUUUAUUUUCAUAACUAAAUCCUGUUAGCUACUGAGGAAUUGUACAGUAAAAUAGAAUCUUUCUUUAGUAAUUAGCAAGAACAACAAGAAAAUAGACCUCAGGUAAAGUCACACCUCUAUGAUACAGUAAAAUACACAGCGAACUUGACAGUAUUAAUUAAACUCAUGUAGAUCUAUAUGUGUGUCUAUAUUGGUCCACACUUCAAAGUGUUAAAUAUUUGACAGUAACUCUAAAAUUUGUGACUAAGUAGGCCUCGACUAGCAAGAAAAAAAAGCUGAGUCAACUUCAUAGCAAGGCAAUCAUGCUGAUUAAUAAUAUAAGUUUUGCAUCUUAAGGAACAAGUGUGUACUAUAACUCAGUGGAUAACUUCAUUCAUGGUGCAAAUGUGUCUCAUAUCAAAAAUCCACCAUUAACAUGAGCCAAAGAACCUCAGCAGGGAUGGCUGUACAACAGACAACAUCUAAACACAACAAAACACGUCUAAACACUCUUCCCUAGGGCAUGAUGUGAAACUCAGCCCACACAUCCCCCCACAUUUGAAAUGGCAGUGGUUUGACCUUAGAUCAAUUGACUGUCUACAGAGUUGGACUAACACUGGUAGAUCCAAUAACUGUUUAAUAACUCCAACACUGAAGAACAUUUCACUAAAAAUGAAAAAAAAUUACACUUUGAGAAAGAAAAUCAACACUGAUAUGUUCAACUCUGAGAAAAUCAGUGGACUUGGUUUAUCCCACUAGAGCUUGGAUAGGCUUCAGCCCCCCUGCGGCCCCAAAUGGGAUAAGCGGUAUAGAAGAUGGAUGGAUGGAUGGAUGGAUUUCUAGGACUGCUAUGUUGUCCAUCACUAGGUUUGAUGCUACUAUGCUGCAUCCUGAUUGGUGAAAAACAAAUGGAGGAAACAGGUCAUUUGUUUAAAUUUGUUUUAAGACAUUUAAAUUUACCCUAAAAAUCACACAGUUUUUUCCUCCUCACAUUUUCUGAAUUUAAUAAUCUUUUGGGGGCCAGAGGGGAAUAUUAGGGGGCCUGAUUUGGCCCUGAGCUGGCAGUUGAUGAUCAUUGAACUAGUAGAUAUCUCUCAUGCACACAGGUGGUGAUUAUAUGAAUUUAAAAAUGGAAAAAUAGUCAGCAAAUAUACUUAGUCUGCGGUAAAUAUCCCCGAGUGGCCCAACCAAGUACUGUCUAUGUGGGAAACAUUGCUUGUUUUGCAGAAAUUGGACACAGAUGACCUACAGUAAGGGAAUGCUAAUAAGUAAAUGGUGAAAUCAUGCAUGACUGAUACUUUAAAUAAUCUUUCUAUUCCUCCAAUCUGUUAAUGUAACUAAAAUAAUCAAGAAUCCAAUCACAAGAAAUGGACCUUGUUUGUAGUGACAUCACAUUGUAUAAAGAGAGUGCACUGUACAUAGCUGAAACGAUCACACUGACUGCUCGCUCCGACUUUUAACUCAAUGAGGUAUACAAGGUACUAAUGAUGAUCAACUUUUGUAUUCCUCUGUUUGGUAAAUAUUUUGAAAUGUUUGAGAUUUUACAGUAAAUGUAGUUCUGUACUGUAUGUUCUUUAUGCUUAAAUGCCGCAUACUUGUGUUGAAAUUGAAUUGGAUCAUAUUUUUAUACUAAAAUAUAUAUGUAUGACUAAAUCAGAGAAUUGUUUAUUUGAAAUGGCACGGUUGGAGAGUGCAGUGUAAAUAGACUUAAGGGUAACAGGGCGACUGGUAAUCUGAAUAUCCAUAGAUCUGAAUCCCGUCUGGGACAUUCCUUUUGUUAAAUGGUUUAUUUAGAUAGAGUCAUCAAUCUGCAUCUGCAGUGUGCAUUCAGUUCAUUUCAGCUGCCGUCACAUUAAGCUCUUAUGAUAUUAACUUGUGAGCAGUACAGGCUGCGCUUGCUCACAGCUUUGGGUGGUUGAUAAAACUUGACCUUUUUGCAUUUGUGUAGUGAAUUAAUUAGCUGAAAGGUAAAGCUACAGCUCUGCACUGAUCAUAUAAUGCUCUGUUCUCAGGUUGCACAUUAAUAGAUAAUAUAUGCACACAGCUUCAUGAGAAAUCAUCUAUAGUUGCCUGUGCUUAGACUAACUCUUAUUCCCCUUUUUUAACACAUCACAUCUCUGUUGCUGAUUAAACAGAGAUACUGAAUGCACUCAUAGUUUGCCAUCACAUUGCAUGCUUUUACAGUUAAAACGAUGCAGUAAUGAAAAUGCAGUAUGUGCUGUUUUAUAUUCCUUCUUUUGGUCAUGUCUGACUUUUCUCUCCUCACUCGCUGCUAUGUUGUACUAACUCACCAAACAUUUCUUAUGCCAUGAGUAGAUUACUGACCAUCAAGCUGCCUCUAUUUACAUGUGAUAUCUUCUCAGAAUGUCAGUCCCACGUGUCAGAAAUGAUCCAACGCAGCUCGCACCCCCCCCCCCUCAGAGAUUAACAGCUAACAAUCUGUGCCUUAGCGUGUGUCCAUGCCAUAAAACACUAGAGAUUCUGAUAAAAUACUUGACUCAUGCACACUCACACUUUUAGAAACUGAUAGUGUCGUCGGCUGGAGUCGGCUGUUCGUGACACAAACAGGGCCGCGCAGACAGGAAAUGAUGUCACAGAUGAUUUAGGAAGCUAUCCUAAGUACAGCAGGAUAUUGGCUUGGGUAUUGAAGCUUUAUUUUGCCGUACUGAACAGAAACUAUGAAGGAUUUUCUUUUUUUGUUUGUUUUUUUACAAAAAGGACUGACUCUUAAAAACUAAAUGCAUAAAAGUGAAACACAAUUAGAACCAGGCCCUUGAGGAGAAGUCUUGUAAAUUUGUGAUGUCUGCUUACCCCUAGGAAUGUCUGUUUUGUGUUGAAUUGACAAGGGACUUUUGAACUUGUAUCAGGGAAAUGUAGUCUUCCUUUGUUGAACUAGCUCAGGACACAGAAAUACUUUGUUCCUCCCUUAUUAUCUGUCUUUUUUUCCUCUCUGGAAUAAGUUUAGAGUGCUCUGCCUUACAGCACACAAACACCAACCACAGUACUGAUUCAUUUCUCCUUGAUUUUUAUUUUUCAAAAUUGGCAGAAAAUUUAACCAGAGGGCUGCAGUCAUAGAAAUUAGGUAUUCAAUUUUAUUUUUCCUUCUUGGAUUCAUUGGAGUUUGUUUUUGUGGCUGUAGUGACGUGCGAAGAGACAUCAGAGACUGUCUAUGGAUGUGUCGUUAAUGUGUACUGUGGCGUGGUAACAAUACUGUAAAUGUUUGAUGAAUGUAUAUCUAGACAUUUAAACUAUGGAACCA